AUGCCGUGGCUAUCACAAGAAUCUUACCCACUGCCAGAGGAAGAUUUGGUAUCUUUCGCUUUCGGAAACACCGACUAUGACAAUGAUAAACUGGUCUACCACGACGCCGAAAAUGAGUCGCGCACUUUGUCACGUCGGCAAGGUCUAAGUAUCGUUCAAAAGUUAGUUGCUGGAUUCCGCAAGGCUGGCCUCCAGAAGGGAGAUUGCUUUGCAAUCACAUCUUUCAAUGAUAUCAUGUAUCCAAUGGUCUUCCUUGGGGGAGUGGCAGCUGGUGGCGUCUUUUCUGGGACAAAUCCCGCGUACCGUGUCGCGGAGAUGAGACACCACAUUCGGACCGCUGAAGUCAAAUUCUUCAUCGUGGAACCAGAACUACUGGAUGUGGUGGCUGAGGGUGCGACAGCGGAAGGUAUACCCAAAGACCGGAUCUUCAUCUUCAACGUGCGCGGACAAAAAGUGCCCGAUGGUUACAGAUCGUGGGAGUGGUUACUUGAACAUGGCGAAGAAGACUGGGAGCGCAUCACGGAUCUCGAAACCUUGAAGACCACCGAUGUCGCCCGUCUCACUACGUCUGGCACGACUGGCCUACCGAAGAUAGCCUGUCAGAGUCAUUACAAUGCCACGUCAUGGCAUACUAUGACAGCCACAAAGUCGCAAGAAUCGAUCACCUGGGAGCCCAGAGGCAUUUCUCCUUUGCCCUUAUUCCAUGUUGCCACGGUACCAAGCAUACAUGCGUCUCCAUUCCGCACCGGACAUCCAGUAUGGAUCAUGCGCCGCUUUGAGUUGGAGCCCUUCCUUGCCGGCAUCGAGAAACAUCAGGUCACCAACCUCGGAGUGGUACCGCCGCUCGUUAUCGCCAUCAUAAAUAGUCCACUGAGCAAGAAAUAUAGCUUGAAGAGUAUACGAACGGCAGCCGUAGGCGCAGCACCGUUAGACGCGGGUAGUCAGAGGAGGCUGAGGAAACUACUUGCACCAGAUGCGACAUUCACGCAAGUAUGGGACGACACCGGAAGUGUAGGCAGGCUGAUGGCGAACACAGACGUCAAGUAUGUGAGAGAAAGGUGCGGAUCGAAUCUCCUACUAACUACACGCAGACUUGUGGACGAUGAUGGCAAAGACAUUACAGCCUAUGAUGUGCGCGGUGAGUUGUGCGUCCGUGGUCCAACAGUAGCCCGACAAUACUACAAAAACCCCAAGGCAACCGCAGAAACAUGGGAUGAGGAUGGAUACUUGCACAGCGGUGACAUCCUAUACUGCGAUAGUAAAACUAAGCUAUGGUAUAUCGUCGAUCGCAAAAAGGAACUCAUCAAAGUUCGGGGCUUCCAGGUCGCCCCGCCUGAGCUGGAAGCUGUCCUUCUUGAAGCCAAAGAUCACAUUGUCGAUGCGGCGGUGAUUGGGUUGAAAGCCAAGCCCGGCUCUGACGCAGAGCGACCGCGCGCUCAUGUUGUGCGCAAGCCCGGCAGCGACAUUACGGAGGAUGGCGUCAAGAGACUGAUCAGUGAGAAUCUUGCCAGCUACAAGCAACUGACAGGUGGUGUUGUUUUUCUCGAUGAAGUUCCGAAGAGCCCUAGUGGUAAGAUCUUGAAGAGGGUGUUAAAAGAGUGGGCGGAGGCGGAGGAGAAGGAGGGUAGAUCGAAGCUCUGA